AUGCACUACCUCUUACUUGUUUAUUUAACUUUUUCUGCGCAACUACUGUAUCUGAAAUAUUCAGUUAUAACAGCAUCUGAUUUAUCCCUUGAUAUCGGAUCUGGUGCCGCAUCACAGCUUAUUCGUGAAGCAGCUCAUCAAUUACUUAGUUCACCGCGUUCACUUUAUUUAUCAUUUCGAACACAUGAAAGCCCACUUCUAUUACCUCUUGCAUAUAUCAAAACAUACAAUCGAAUUUCAUAUUCAAAUGUUACUGUUAAAUUUUAUCCUGACACGAUACGCUUAAAAGCAAGCAGUGUUCGAAUAAAUUCCAAAUCAAACAUCACUCCAAAUAUUUGGCCGGUUAGUUUUGGCGAUGAAACAGUCGAUCUUGCCGUUUAUGUGGGUGAUGUUGAAUUAGCGGUACGUAUCGAGGAGAAAAAUGUUCGAAUGUUAUCAUGUUCCUUACGGGAUACAACCGUUAAUGCUACAUCUAGUAGCUACUGGAUGAUAGGCACAUUGUUAUACAUCGCAACAAAUCCGAUCCGAUCACAUCUUCAGCAGCUCAUUUGUCCGUCUAUCGCCAACUACAUCUCAAAUAUCGAAAAUCCCGUUAUUAUGAACGUGUCAUUAAAUGAGAUCCUGCCAGCUCAUAUUCGUGACGUUAUCAAUACCGCAGAUUCUUCCUUAUUCUAUCGUUUAACAUCAAUAAUAGUAGAAGAGAAGCAUAUUUUGAUAGUAACAGAAAUUAAUUGGAAGCGCUCGUUUGAAAACAAUGGAAUUUCAUAUGCAAACGUAAGUAUGAAAUGGAACAACGAAGAUCGGAUAAUAACUUGGAUUGAUGAUGCAGCCCUUAAUGAUUUCCUCAAUCAGAUUGACUGGAAUUUCCAGUGGAUGGAGGAAACAAUUGCGGUAACAAGUCCCGUGAUACCUCUUUCGUCUCGAGAAUUUCUUUCAACUCUUUGUACUUCUUGCUAUUUCUUGCUAAAUGUUUGGGCUAAUGGAUCACCUAUUUUGACAGCUACAAACGGUACUGUUGUCCUGGAAAAGCGUGAUAGGCUCAAUUUACGUGUCGUGAAUCCCGAUAAAAACGUUACAUCUGUAUUUGUAUCCAUGUUCCUAUCUGUUACGGCCCAAUUACGACCCGUUAUUGAUUCCGGUACAUUGCGGACAUUAGUACAAUUGCUUGACACAAAUGUGGUGAUGGAAAGUGGUGCCUUUCCUCCUUCUUGGUCAUUUUUCGUUCAGGACUUGAUAAAAGGGAUGAUAACCGAGAUGAUGUGGCCAGAGAUGCGGAAGCAAAUUGAGAAACUUACAUACAGUGAAGGCAUUCGUUUGGCGACAUCAUGUGGUAUUGAUCCACAGAAUACAGAAAUUUUAAUCGGUGAAGGACGUUUAGGCUUUUCCACAACACUUAAUUUACAAAGUCUACAGCCUCAACAAUGCCUCAAAGAUCUCAAAAGUGCCUUACCAAAUGCUGCUAAAUUGUUUCCCAAAUAA